UUGGUGUCAGCAGCACAUGGGCUGUGUCAACAGUGGAGGAGUCAUUGCUACCUGUUGGAUCAUUACUUAAAUAAUCACAGUAAUAAUGUUGCGCUACUCCUGGCGAUGGCAUUAACAUGGCCCGUUUUAAGGAGUUGGUCUGUGUAGCGGUCUUUGCGUGUCGUUGUUCAGUGCACUUCUCCUUUACAGUAUGUAAAUAAUCACACGCAAUAGCCAUGGGAAUAGCAGAAGGUACACUGCAUUACACAGCACUUCACACGUUGUGCUCACUGCUGUUUGUUCUUUUUGCUGUUGGCCUUCGUUAUAACUCAGACAUUUAAGCUUUUACGUGCAAAUGACUUGCGUGUUCCCACGAUGACCCAGACUUAGAUGUAUUCUACGAAAAUAUUUCAGUCUAAAUUAUCUAUCUAUCUAUCUAUCACACACACGCACGCGCGCGCACUUCAUCAGCCCACCCUGAUUAGAGGGAGUGGUUCAAUAAUGCGCCAACCUCCGCCAGCAGCCAAAGAGUUAAAUGUGUCGAGCCCGUUGUUGAGCGCACCAUCCAACCGGACUGUGUCGCUAAGGGAAGUCAGGCUACUCGUGGAGAAGCAACAGAUCCCCAGCUGGAAAACGCAUCUGGCACGCGAGCUGAGCGUUUUUCAGCAGGAAGAACUGGAGGGACGUCUCAGUGCGUGAUUAAAUGCGCCACUGGGUCAUUCUUACGCUUCCCCGUCUUGUGUGGAGGAGAGAAAAGUUGUCAGGGAUAGUUGUGGAUUUUGGCGUUGCAGAAUUUGGAUAAGACUUGUGGGAAAUGAAUGACGAGUGACAUUACUUCGGGUUAAGUGCUUCAUCCUGGCAAUAUAUGAUUGUUUUUGUUCUUUUUUUUUCUUCCUUUCUUUUUUUGUGUUAUUGGCAGUAAGCCUUGUGUUCAUCGGUGGGAAAGAAGUGCAACAUUUUGGAAACAUCAGUUCAAGUCUCAUUGUGCGAUAUAUUCGACGAAAACAUAAAACACAAGCAGAGAGCCCGACCACCUGCGUUUUGUCGCGAAACCACACUGUAACAGGUGGUUUGUUGCUGAGCAUCUCACUUUGGAGCUGUCUGGACCACUGAGCAGUUGUUUCUGGAUAAAUGAGACACACGUGGUAUUAUAUGACUUUGGGUCUGAAAUGAGAUCUCACUUUGCGUUGAUUAUUUGAUUAAUAUUUUUUUUUUUUCGGAAGUGGACACCAAUUUGUAACGGAGGGGGCGAGCAGCCGGAAGGUCCCUGAUUCUCAAUGAUAAGCUCGGUGUGUGUUUCGUCUUACCGAGGGCGCAAGUCGGGCAAUAAACCUCCGUCGAAAUCAUGUCUGAAGGAGGAGAUGGCGAGAGGGGAAGACUCGGACAAAAUUAUCAUCAACGUGGGCGGCACUAGACAUGAGACCUACAAGAGCACCCUCAGGACCCUGCCGGGGACCCGCCUGGCAUGGCUGGCAGACCCGGACACGCAGGUCAGCUCCGACUCGGAGGCUUCGCUCCCGAGUACCACCGAGUUCUUCUUCGACAGACACCCGGGCAUCUUCGCCUACGUGCUAAACUACUACCGAACCGGCAAGCUGCACUGCCCGGCCGACGUCUGUGGUCCGCUUUUUGAGGAGGAGCUGGCGUUUUGGGGGAUUGACGAGACCGACGUGGAGCCGUGCUGCUGGAUGACCUACCGGCAGCACCGGGACGCGGAGGAGGCCCUGGAUACAUUUGAGCCGCCGGACCCUGACGAUACCGACGACGACAGAGAGAUACCGAGGCGGUUCGGCAUCGAGGACUGUCCCGACCGGUCGAGGGGUUGCUGCGAAGUUUGGCAGCCGAAGAUCUGGGCCUUGUUUGACGACCCGUACUCCUCCAGAGCAGCCAGGGGAGUUGCACUAGCCUCUCUGUUUUUCAUCCUGGUAUCCAUCACCACCUUCUGCCUGGAGACCCAUGAAGCCUUUAAUGAGCUGCAGAACCGGACGGAGCUGAUUGUCGUGGGCAACAUCACAGACCAGGUGGAGAGGACAGAGAUGGUGACCAAGCCCAUCCUUACCCUGGUGGAAGGCAUCUGUGUGGUCUGGUUCACAUUUGAAUUCCUGGUGCGUAUCAUCUGCUGCCCAGACAAGCUGUUCUUCAUUAAGAACACUCUCAACAUCAUUGACUUUGUGGCCAUUCUGCCAUUCUACCUGGAGAUGGGCCUGAGCGGUCUGUCAUCCAAAGCAGCCAGCGACGUGCUGGGCUUCCUCCGUGUGGUGCGGUUUGUUCGGAUCCUCCGGAUCUUCAAGCUGACGCGGCACUUUGUAGGCCUGCGCGUGCUGGGCCACACGCUGAGGGCCAGUGUCAAUGAAUUCCUCCUUCUCAUCAUCUUCUUGGCACUGGGUGUGCUCAUCUUCGCCACCAUGAUAUACUACGCUGAGCGCAUCGGAGCCAGGCCUGACGACCCCACUGGCUCCAACCACACACACUUCAAGAACAUCCCCAUCAGUUUCUGGUGGGCUGUGGUCACCAUGACAACACUGGGCUAUGGCGACAUGUACCCACAGACAUGGCUGGGCAUGAUGGUGGGGGCGCUGUGUGCACUGGCCGGGGUGUUGACCAUCGCCAUGCCGGUCCCCGUCAUCGUCAAUAACUUUGGGAUGUACUACUCGCUGGCUAUGGCCAAACAGAAGCUGCCGAAAAAGAAGAAGAAGCACAACCCAAACCCAGACGCUCCGACUGACUCUGCCUCGUUUGGGAAGUCGGAAACAAAUUCACACCGAGACAGCACUCAGAGCGACACCUGUCCCCUGGCUGCUGAGGAGAGUGUCGGCAGAAACCGCUCAGACUCCAAACAGAACGGGGAUGCAAAUGUGGCUCUUUCAGAGGAAGAAGGCUGUAGCCUGACCCAGCCACUGUCCCCAAGCGAGAAGUGGUCUCUGCGCUGCUCCCGAGGGCGAGACAAGGCUAAGAAAGAGGCCACCUGCUUCCUCCUAACCUCUGGAGACCCCAAUGUCCAUACUGAGAGCUGUAAAGACAUCCUCGGUUCCACUGGAAGCUACACUCAGCCGGAGGUCACCACUCUGACCUGAUGCUGAUUGGCUAUGAAAAGGAGAAAGAGCAUGAAUUCAGGAUGGAGUACAUGCUGUGCAGAGCUUCAGCUCUGGUCCCUGCUUUCUUUUCCUUCUUCAUUGAACUUCAAAUCGGCUUCUUUUUUUAACUCAAGACAAGAUUUUGUUUUGUCUCUGUCAUACAUCCAGAACCCUGUGGUACAAAAUCAGCUGCAUAGCAGAUUUAUCAUAUUUACACUCAUUUACAUGUUACAAAGCAUUUUGCAUGUAUUGCAUGAGCUAGCAUUGUAUAAUGUAUUUUAAAAACUGGCUACCAUUUAUAUGCUUAUCAUUUAGUGGAAAUGUCAUAGUUUGACUUGAAGGUCCUGAAAUUUUUCAAAAUUAGCCUCUCAUUAUGACCAGUGGGGUCCCACAUGAACAGGAAUUUUCUGCCAGUUUAUUUCACACUACGGAACUACCGUUUUUCUUUUCCCUCUUAUUCUCUUCUCGCUCGUUUAAAGUGGGCGGGGCUCCCUCAGAAAAAGGUGAUCUUGUGCGUUUCUGUGGUCCAAUCAGGAUUUAGCUGCAUUUGAACCAGAAUCUGAUGGCAAAUCUGAUCACACCACAUCUGUACAGUCAUGAUGAAGCAGGUUAGCUGAAUUUUUGGGCCUUAGUCUCUCAAUAAAUAAUAACUAACUCAUCAGUUAUUGGUCAGCUUGGAUUGUUGCUCAUUUAGUCAUUAAUAAUUAAUGUUAUAGGCCAAGAUUUAAGAUUUGAUUUGAAGGCAACGUCUUUGCUUUGCAUGUGUUGGUGUGAUACUUAUCUUCUUCUAAGUAAUAUGUACAGAAACAAUUAAAAAAACAAAAAACAUCAUUGACACCUGGAACAUGUGUCAUAUCCAUACAUGUUGUUAACUGUCAACUAAAAUGGGUUUGUACAGCAAAACUGUUACUGUGAACUAGGAUUAGAUGAACACUUGAAAUUGUUGUUCGAUCCUCAUCAAAAUAGACCCAAAGUUCUUUGUUGAUCACUCAGUCUCUGCCUUCUGUCGUGCUACUGCUUUUUGACACUGACCACAGGGACUUCGUGCAGAUAUUUUGUCGAGACUCUGGUCUGAAUGCUGGGCAGGCGUUGUUUGUAAAUCCUUGUACAAUAAGAGAGUUUAACAAAUGAUAAUCAAUUCAUGGAGCAGUAUUGUCAUUAGCCGUACACAAGUGAUGCAGCGCUACUGGUUGAGUCCGGACCAAAUGUAGAUCCUUAGAUUACCUGGUAGAUUUUCAUUUUCAUUGUUAGUAAAAAAAACCCAGAAUAUACAGUGCAAUGCCAUCAGUUCCACUUGUGCCUCAUGUUGAGUAAUGGAGCUUAAAUGUGUGCAGCAAUUUAAUUAGAUUUGUUCCAUCACACUUCUGGUUGUGUCAGAUCUGUAGAAACCCUGUUACAUGUUUCCAUGGAGAAAGGAGGAGGAGGAGGAGGAUGGGGAGGAGCAGGAUUGUGGUUUCUUUCACUUGUGACUUAUGAUAUAUUCCUCAUGGUCUACCAUAGUGGCCUUAUGUUUAAUAAACAAAGGGAAACUUCAUUUGAUGUUCAUUAGACUCCAGCUAUGUUUCUAUGAUGACCCAGAGGUCUGUAAUUAUGUAUAAGCACAGUUGUACGUAUGUAGCACAGUAGAAUAUUCUGGAUUGUUCCCUAAACUGUUUUUUCAUCUGUAUAUGACAUGCGUAUGCAUCAUGAAAUAACUGUUAAACAAUAAUGAAAGAUUAUUAUUAUUUUGAUAAUUCACCUUUUUGCCUCAUUUCCUGUUUUCCCUGUUGUAUACACUCGAAUGUGACAGAGAAGCACACAGCACAUCAGUUUCAUAUCUCAUCAUUAUGGAUUGUAUAGGUGACUGUGAUGUAUUUAAACCCAGACCAACUGUCAGAUGUUAGUGUGUGUGUGUGUGUAUGUGUGAGCGCACGUGCGUGUGUGUGUAUGUGAUGUUGUACCAUAUAGGCAUGUGUUUCUAUGCAGAAAUAGAAAUAAAAACCGUGCCCCACCCCCGGUGUUGAAGGUAAAA